CGACAAAAGGGGACGAUGGGGAGAACAUCUCUGACGCGAGUGGUCCAAGUCUCGAGAGUCAAGACUGCUAGGCUCGCAGCUGACAUCUGUCAAAGCCGGAGUAUAAGGCUCAAGAAGAGACCCUGGCCAGUCCUCCGGACUGAUUCUUGCGGUCUGCCGUUGCUCUUAUUCACCCGUCCCCGCCGAAUUGGGACUCGGAGAGGUCCUCGACUCCUCGUACAACAACGACGAAGCUCCCCAUGAUCCAUCUCAUCUUCGUCUUGACCAUGGAGCACAAAACGGCCGUCACCUCGCAUAUCCUGCACCAUGCGACGCACAACGGUCAUUCCCCACAUCCGGACGAGGUGGACGAGGCCGUUACCAACGACGAGCGGAGGGAACGUCGAGGUGAGAGUCUAUGGCGCGUCUUGAAUGAGAGGCAGAUCAAUAUGAUAGCGUUUUCUGGAACAAUCGGAAAUGGUCUAUUUCUCGGAAGUGGCAGGUCAAUUGCGAGCGCAGGGCCCGGCGGCGCCGUCCUGUGCUACCUGCUAAUGGGCACCGUCAUCUCGUCCGUCAUCUCCAGCUUGGGCGAGAUGACAGCCCUGAUGCCCGUCAACGCCCCGAUGAUGGAGUUUCCCCGACGAUUCCUCGAUCGUGGUGUCGGCUUGGCCGUUGGCUGGAUGUACUGGUUUGCCUAUACUGUCCUCGCCGCUGCUCAGCUCGUCGCCGUUUCGAAUCUUAUCGGGUUCUCUUACAAUGACGGAAAGACCUUUCUCAGCUGGGAGACCGGCCAGAACGUUGACAAUGCUGUCUGGAUCACCGUGUUCCUCGUCAUUGUAAUAAUUGUCAACUUGUUUCCCGCCAAAUACUUCGGAGAACUGGAGUACGCAUUCGGAAGCAUCAAACUAGCCUUUAUCGUCGUGCUCAUUAUAAUGAUGCUCGUCCUUGGUGUCAUUACGCCGAGACCAGAGGCGUACUAUGACACCCCCUUAGGGACGAAGUUCUGGAACGCACCCUACUGGUUCUUUAAUCUGGGUUAUCCAGUACGCGACGAGAAUAACGAAGUUCAACGAGUCAUUACUGGCUCCCUCGGUACCCUCCUGGGAGUUUGGACAACAUUCAUCAACGUCCUCUUCUCCUUUGUAGGAAUGGACAUCGUCGCUGCCACCGCCGCCGAGAGCCGCGCCCUCUCCGACUCGGAGAGCAUGAAGAUGGCCGCCCGCAAGAUCAACAUCCGCAUCAUUACCCUGUACACACUCUGCGUCCUGACCGCCUCCUUCCUCGUGCCGACCGACCACCCUUUCCUCAACGGCGGCGGCCAGUCCGUCGGCUCGCGCUCCGUCUUCAUCAUCGCCGUCGUCGAGGCCGGCAUGCCCGCCGCUGCUCACGCCUUCAACGCCAUCUUCGUCUUCUCGUCCUUCACAUGUGCCAUUAAUUCCCUCUACAUCGCCUCGCGGGUGCUGCACACCUUGGCGCUGCGCGGCCAGACGGGUCCCGAGUUCAUCACGAGACGGCUGCGGCAGUGCCGGUCUGGCGUUCCCAUGCGCGCUGUCAUGGUGACUUCUGGAGUGAUGUUUAUCGGGUACAUGGGCCGCUCAGGCUCGCCAGGCGCCAGGUUGGACGAACUUGCCAACAACUGCACCGUCUCGUGCCUGAUUGUGUACGGCACCAUCUGCGCCACGUAUCUGUGCUUCUAUAAGACUCUCGAGGAUGCCAAACUGUACGAGACCACAUCCGAGGUCCAAGCUGCCAGCUACGACCGGAACAACCCACUGUAUCCGUACAAGUCGCACGGCCAAUGGCUCAAAGCAUGUUACGGAAUGGUAUCCUGCGGCAUCUUGAUGUUGCUCAACGGCGUGGGGGCGUUCUUGGAAAAGCCCUUCAACAUCAGGAAAUUUAUCUCUGCCUACAUCAGUCUUCCCGUAUUUAUUCUUCUCAUUAUGGGUUACAAAUUGCGAAAACACGGGCUUCGCUUUUCUGACUGGGGCCCAGAAAGGUCCCAAGACUUGGGCGGUGCCGUGCAGGCCGCUAGUGAGAAGCGGAAGGGAAGGCUGGAGCUCCCUGACGAGGGCUUCACAAAAGAGAACUGGAGGACAUUGUUCCACUGGGCUUGGGUAUGGUUGCAAUAGGUAUCCUCAACUAUCUUCGGAUGUCAGGUCAGGUUGUAUAUGUAUAUUGAGUGCUAUGCUGGAUGAUGUUUAAUAUUACCUAUGUGGGCUCGUGUCACGGUAUGCUCCGAUCGGGGGAGUUGACCACGUGUAUCUGCUGGAAUACCCCUUUAUUACAUGUAGAGAGUCAAGGGCGGAGACUGGAUACCAUCUCUAAGGUUGUCUUGCGCUACUCACGCAUUUUGUAACAAUUGACACUAUUCUGGAG